GUGCAAUUCAUUGCACAGUCUAUGCAGUGAUUGAGUCAUCAAACGAUUGAGUGACCACUCAUUGGUCCACUCAAGCGAUCGUCGCGUCGUUUCCAGAAUAUUCUGUGAACUCUGUAUAUAAACACAUGUUUUGACACCAAAUGAGUUCACAAUUGAGUUAACAAUCGGUUCAUUAGUUUAGCGUUUAUUACGAUUUGUUAUGUUUUACGCAUUAUUUACAAAUCCAUUACCACUUAAUUGCGUUUGAAUUGUAAUCGCGUUUGCAUUGAGUGUGGAUUGCAUUCAAUGAUCACUUGUGUCCACACAAUCGGCCGAAGAAGAAGCGCACGAAGAAGUGAUGGAAUUUCCACAUUUGGGUCAACACUGUUCUCACGAAGAAUGCCAUCGAUUAGACUUUCUGCCCGUGAAGUGCGAUCUCUGUGCGAAUGUCUAUUGUUUGGAUCACUACUCAUACGAGUCCCACAAGUGUCCGAACGCUCACCAUUUGGACAAUCAGGUGCCCAUAUGUCCGCUCUGUAACCAACCCGUGCCCAUCACUCGCGGACAACUGCCCGACAUUAGGGUCGGCCAACACAUAGACCAGGACUGCGAGUCGGAU